AUGACAGAAGGCCAUAGACUAGUCCACAAAUUAAGAUACUACGACUUAGCUGCAUUGUCUAUAUCUGGUACAACUGGUAGUGGUAUGCUUGUUGCCUCAGGUAUUAGUCUAAGUUUUGGUGGUUGUGGGAGUUUAUUAUUCGGCUUUCUACUUGUAUGUAUUGUUGCUUACACUGUUCUAUGUUCCUUGUGCGAAAUGGCCACUUAUAUUCCUCUUCCUGAUGGUUGUGCUGGAAUGGCAACAAGAUAUGUUGAUCCUGCUUUUGGUUUUGCUAGUGGUUAUUUCUAUUUCUUUAAAUAUUUGGUUCUUGCUCCAACUCAAAUUUCUGCUGCCUCUCUUGCUAUUCAAUACUGGAUAGAUAGAGAAACAAUUAAUCCUGCUUUAUGGGUCACUAUUUUUAUUAUUCUUGACAUGAUAUGUAACUUUGUUGGCAUUCAAUUCUAUGCCACAAUUGUCAAAUUUUUUGCAGGUUUCAAAGUAAUUGUCCUAAUUGGCCUUGUUAUCUUUUGUUUCGCACUAACUAUGGGUGCUGGCCCAACUAACGAAAGAGUUGGCUUCAGAUAUUGGAAAGAUCCUGGUGCCUUUAAAGAGUACUUUGGUACAAGUGGAAGCCCUGGAAGAUUUGCUGCCUUUUUAGCAUCUUUAGUUACAAUUAUUUAUCCUUUUGCAGGUAUUGAAAUUUAUGGUGCUGCAUUAGCUGAAGCUCAUAGUCCGAUGAGAAAAAAUAUUCACAAGGCUAAUAAUUUAAUUAUGUGGACCAUUUUCCCUAUUUACAUUUGCUUAAUUUUCUUUAUGGGAAUGAUCGUAUCAUCUGAUGAUCCUUUGUUAUUAGAAGCUGUCUCUCUUUAUUCAUCUUCAGCUACAAAUUCUCCCUUUGUUAUUGCUGCCAUAAACGCAGGUAUCAAAGUUUUACCUCAUAUCCUUAACUCAUGUCUUUUGAUCUUUAUUUUUACUGCUUCCAACACAGAACUUUACGUCUCCAUUCGUACAUUAUAUGGUUUAUCGAUUAAUGGAAUGGCUCCAAAAAUUUUCUCAAAGACAAAUAAAAGAGGUGUUCCAUAUGCUGCAUUUGCAUUUUGUUCCUUAUUCUCUGUUUUAGGUUAUAUGAAUUCAGGUGAUUCUUCAAAAAUUGUUUAUCAACAUUUUCUUAAUGUUGAUUGUACGUUUAUUUUAUUUACCUGGUUAUCAAUUCUUAUCAGUCAUUUCAGAUUCACAAAUGCCAUCAAAGUUCAAGGUAUCCAAAGAAAGAAAGAACUAUAUUACACAGCUCGUUUCACCCCUUAUACUACUUAUUUUUCAAUAGGUUUUUCAAUUUUAUUAAUGCUAAUAAAAAAUUUUACUGUCUUCUUGGAUUUAUCUGAAGGUAGUUCUUUUGACUACAAGUCCUUUAUUUCUGGGUAUAUUUGUAUACCAGUGUUUUUCAUUUUCUACUUUUUUUACAAGUUUUAUCAUAAAACUCAUCUUAUACCACUUGAAGAAGUUGAUUUGUUUUCUUACAAAGAUGUCAUUGAUGCCGAAGAAGAGGCUUACUAUAGAGAUUUGAAGACUAAUGCCUAG